AUGCACCUCACACCAGCAGACAUCCGCGGCGCCCGGGCCUAUUGCCCGGAGAGCGUGAAUCCUGACCUCAUCCCGCGUCGCGUACCCUACAACCCAGCGGAGGACCCCGACAGCAUCGAGAACAUCGUCAGACGGUGCCGCGAGAGGAUCAGAAUCCAACGCGCUCUGGAGGAGGCCCAGCGCGCGGCAGAGGAGGUCCAACGCGCUACGGAGGCGCGAUGGGGCCAGGCGGUGGCGGUGCUCUUCCGCCCUGCUCCCACUCCCGCUCCCGCUCCUGCCCCUGCCCCUGCCCCUGCCCCUGCUCCCAUUCCUGCUGCUGUCCCGGCUCGCGUCGACCGCACCACUCAAACCGAGCCCGUCGCCGACGCAACCUGGCGCGUCCGAGAGCACCACAUUCCGGCCAUGAUGGUGCCGGCGGAGGGGACCCCCAUCACCCUCCUCACCGCCGAGAAUCUGGCCCUACUCGACGAGAUCGUGCCGCCUGAGGCCGACUACAAGAUGCUCCCGGCGAGCUGGCGUCUGCACGAGAUGCGGCACCGUGACGACUGA